ACUCGUUAGGAGGGAGAAAACGGAUAAAGUUGCAGAGAUUGGCUUACAGUUCUCCCUGUAGCAAUCUCCGCAUCAGCGAAGCAGAGAAGAAAAAUGAUUGCAAUCCCUAGCGUUUAUGGUAGACCAUCUUCUCAAUCUCCUUUUCUCUAUUCCCUUCGAGGCAGAACUGUCCUCUCUUCCUUCUGCCCUGCUUUCCGUUGGUCAGGACAACCACAACUUUGCAACGUUAACUUACUUCUGCCAAGAAGGACUAGGAGACUUCGAGUUAGAGCUUUGACGGAAUCGAAGGAGGCAGAGGUUACGGCCAAUGGUGUUGAUGGAACGCAGUACAUCCCGCAACCAUUUUCCGUGAAUAUUCCGGUCGGUGAUAGACACAUUUUGGUUGAGACAGGUCAUAUAGGAAGACAAGCUAGUGGUUCUGUCACUGUUACCGAUGGGGAAACUAUUGUGUACACUUCCGUUUGCUUGGCUGAUAUUCCAAGCGAUCCUUCUGACUUUUUCCCACUCUCAGUAAAUUAUCAAGAGCGUUUUUCUGCAGCAGGUCGAACUAGUGGUGGUUUUUUCAAACGAGAGGGGAGGGCUAAAGAUCAUGAGGUUCUUAUUUGUAGAUUGAUUGAUAGACCUUUGCGCCCAACCAUGCCAAAGGGAUUCUACCACGAAACACAAAUACUUUCUUGGGUUUUGAGUUAUGAUGGCUUGCAUCCUCCUGAUUGUUUGGCAGUUACAGCAGCUGGAAUAGCAGUCGCUCUUUCAGAAGUUCCAAACUCCAAAGCAAUUGCAGGGGUUCGAGUGGGUCUGGUUGACAACAAGUUUAUUGUAAAUCCCACCACCAAAGAAAUGGAAAAAUCAGAGUUGGACUUGGUGCUUGCUGGCACUGAUAGUGCAAUAUUGAUGAUAGAGGGCUACUGUGAUUUUCUUCCAGAGGAGAAGUUGUUGCAAGCUGUAGAGGUUGGACAGGAUGCGGUGCGAGCAAUUUGCCAUGAAGUUGAGGCUUUGGUGAAGAAAUAUGGAAAACCAAAAAUGCUUGAAGCAAUCAAGUUACCUCCUCCUGAGCUAUAUAGGCAUGUCGAAGAAAUUGCUGGUGAUGAAUUGGGGAAAUUAUUACAAAUCAGAAGCAAGAUAGCAAGAAGAAAGGCCCUGUCAACAUUAGAAGAAAAAGUAUUGGCCAUUCUUACAGAAGAAGGGUAUGUCAACAAGGAUGAACUUUCUGUGGCUGCUGAAACAAUACCAGAUUUAUACGAGGAUGAUGAGGAGGAUGAUGUUGUUGUUGUGGAUGGAGAAGUAGAUGAAGGUGAUGUUCACAUCACUCCAGUUUCAAGAAAGCCUCUCCCUUUGCUGUUUUCCGAAGUAGAUGUAAAGUUGGUGUUUAAGGAAGUUACAUCCAAAUUCCUCCGCAGACGUCUUGUGGAGAGAGGAAAAAGAAGUGAUGGACGAACCCCAUCUGAAAUACGACCAAUCAACUCAAGGUGUGGGUUGCUUCCAAGGGCACAUGGCAGUGCACUUUUCACACGUGGUGAAACUCAGUCACUUGCAGUGGUUACUCUUGGCGACAGACAAAUGGCUCAGAGGAUAGACAACCUCGUAGAUGUAGAUGAAUUGAAGAGAUUCUACCUUCAGUAUUCCUUUCCACCAUCAUGUGUUGGAGAAGUUGGGCGCAUGGGAGCACCCAGUAGAAGAGAAAUUGGUCAUGGAAUGCUUGCAGAAAGAGCACUUGAACCCAUUUUGCCUUCUGAAGAGGAUUUUCCUUACACUGUACGUGUUGAAAGUACCAUCACUGAAAGCAAUGGUUCUUCAAGUAUGGCAUCUGUUUGUGGGGGCUGCUUAGCUUUGCAAGAUGCUGGGGUUCCUGUGAAGUGCUCUGUUGCUGGGAUUGCAAUGGGUAUGGUUUUGGACACAAAAGAAUUUGGAGGAGAUGGAUCACCACUUAUUCUCUCUGACAUUACUGGAUCUGAAGAUGCUUCUGGUGAUAUGGAUUUUAAGGUUGCUGGAAAUGGGAAUGGUAUAACUGCAUUUCAGAUGGACAUAAAGGUUGGAGGAAUUACGUUACCCAUCAUGAAAGAAGCUCUUCUUCAAGCAAAAGAUGGACGGAAGCAUGUUCUUGAUGAAAUGUUGAAGUGCUCACCUCCUCCUUCAAUGAAGCUCUCCAAGUAUGCUCCAUUGAUUCAUAUUAUGAAGGUCAAGCCAGAGAAAGUUAACAUUAUUAUUGGUUCUGGGGGGAAGAAGGUCAAAAGUAUCAUUGAAGAGACUGGGGUAGAAGCUAUUGAUACACAGGAUGAUGGAAUAGUUAAAAUUACUGCAAAGGACCUUUCAAGUUUAGAGAAAUCUAAAGCCAUCAUUGCUAAUUUGACGAUGGUUCCUACAAUUGGUGAUAUUUAUAGGAACUGCGAGAUCAAAUCAAUAGCACCCUAUGGAGUCUUUGUUGAGAUAGCACCUGGGCGUGAGGGACUCUGUCACAUUAGUGAGCUAAGUUACGAUUGGCUGGCAAAAGCUGAAGAUGCUUUUAAAGUUGGAGAUCGCAUGGAUGUCAAACUUAUAGAGAUUAAUGAAAAGGGACAGCUUCGCCUGAGCCGUCGUGCACUACUUCCUGAUCCAAAUCCAGAGAAACCCAGCGGUAAACAGCGAACAAGUGGCCCUACCAAGGAAAAUGUAUCUUCACAAACUUCUCCUGAUAAGGCUACAACCAAAAAAAUUGGUGGGACAGCAAAGAGUACACUGAUAGAAGAUGGCAUACAGCAGCCCCAGGAAAAGGGCGCCCCUCUAAAGGUGACGAACCCUUCCAAGAGAAAUACUUCUGCACAGGUUGGCUUGGUCCCUGAGGAAAAGGUUCUCAAGAGAUUAGUUAGUUCUGCCACAGAUAGCCCCUCUUUGAACAAAGACAAGCAGAAGAAGAGCAACAGUAAAGCUGUUAGUAGUGUUGCUGGUAAAGAUGGAACUGAUUUAGUAAAGGGAGAGGCUAAUAUUGGGUAAUAAGUUUGUGGAUGCUUUUCAUAGUGCAAAAAAUUAUCUUGAAGAUUGAAGCGAAAGAAACCACUGGGAGGUCUCCCUGUACUAACAGGAGUUAAGGACAGAGUACUUCAUCUUUCUAUUUUACGUGCUGCUUAUGUCUUCAUGCAUUUAGAGCCAGGCUUGUGGAGAAUGCAUUAUUAGCCUUAAACAGGAGGAAUGCAAUUCCUGUAAGCUGCUUAACUUGUAGAGAACGUUGAAGAGAUCCAAUAGCUUGGGCUCUUUUUAAAGGAUGAUUGUACAUUAUACCACCAGGAACAUUCCCAUUUUUUCUCCUGGGAUCAAAAGGAAUAAUCUGCUCAACAUUGUGUUUUGGUUCUGGCAUUUGUCUCCAUUUUUUGAUAUUUUUAGGUUUUAUAAAAAUGGAAUUGGCCUUCUUUCUGUAUGUUAUUUUCCUAAAUAUCAACCCUCAAUCUUUCUUAUUCAUUAAUUUCUUAAUUAUUUCUAGAGUGGUUGUAAUCA